AGGGCCUUCACGUCCGACGUCCUAUCUACUUCCGGGUCAUGACCUCCUGUCCUCCCUGAGGUGAAGAGCGGCUGGUGCUGGGGCCCGGCUUUUUUUCCUGUCGGAGUUUUCUUCUCCCCGGGAUUGGAGUGGCACAUUUUUCCAACUGUAGUCCAUGAACUGCACAAGCUACCCUUAACUCAAGAUGCAUCCAGACUUGUCUCCUCAUCUGCACGGUGAAGAAUGUAACCUAGUUAUCAGUCUGCUCAAAGAGUGUCACAAAGAGCACAACUUUUUGAGAUUUUUUGGCCACUGCAAUGACCUUGACCGUGAGAUGCGGAAAUGCUUAAAGAAUGAGUACCAAGAAAACCGAGCCAAGAGCAGGGCACAUGCUGAAGAGAUGCGGCAGAGGCUCACUAAUGCUUCAAAACACUCUGAGAGCUGAGCUAUGUUGCAGCUGGAUGGUUAUAAAUCAUAUGGACAUUUGGCUGAAAGCUGAAGGAACAUAUCUUGUUUUGUCUUCUGUGCACUUGAAUAUAAAAAGCUAUUUACUCAACUGCUAAUGUUUGUAAUAAAAAUUGCUGAAGUUUACACUUAUUACUGACAAGAUACUUUAAUUGUUUGGUGAGAGAUUUAGUGGAAUAUAACUGAUAUUUCUAGGGUUGCCAUAGUGCAAACAAUACUUACAGUUGAGAGGAAAACAGGGUUAAAUAAAAAUAAUAAGCAUGUUCUGUGGUUGGGCUCCUAAUACAAGACAAGUUAUAAGCUGGGACCUUUAAGUAAAAUAAACUGGACAAAAAAUCUUAA